UCGAGAGCUUCAGAAGAACUGAAUCUACUAACAACAGAGAAGAUCACUGAAUAAGAGAGAAGAAUGAAGAUCAUCUGGACUUUCACUCUGCUGAUGAUUCCUGGUGUGGUGAGCUCCAUCAGUGUGACAGGAUAUUCAGGAGGAAGAAUCAACAUCACAUGCAAAUAUGAGAGAAAAUAUACAGACAAAGCAAAGUAUUUUUGUAAAGGACACAAUCCAGGAUGCUCUGACCUCAUCAAGACUGAAGACAAAGAUAAAUGGGUUGAUUCUGGAAGAUUCUCUCUGUAUGACAACACAAGUGCAGCAGUUUUCACUGUGACCAUCAUAAAUCUAAGUGAAGAGGAUUCUGGGACGUACCAGUGUGGAGUUGAUAUCCGUAUCAGUAAAGAUUCCUACACUGAAGUGAAGCUGAAUGUUUUAACAGAUACAGAUGUUCCAAAAGCAACACCAUCAUUACUACCAUCAUCAUCAACACCACCAUCAUCAUCAUCAUCAUCAUCAUCAUCUGUUUUCAAAACAACCACAUCUAACUUCACAUCAGAGUCUCCUAACAUGUUAAAAGGCUCUUCUCUGAUCAUUCCUCUCGUUCUGGUUCUUCUGGUUCUGAUCAUCGUUUGUGUCUUGUUACUAUUUCUCUAUAAGAAGCAUCAUUCUCGAGGAGGUGAUUUGUCAUCUCAGACUGGAGCAGGAAAAAAUGAACUGGUUUCUCACUCUGGUUGCGAUUAUGAUAACAUUAAAGACACUCAGAAACAAUUACCCAGAAACCCCUCUGUUUCUCCUGACUGUGUUCAGAAAGCCACUGGUGACUCUCAGAACGUCAUCACAUCUGCUGAGGAUCUGAAUUAUGCCGUGGUGCAUUUCCACAAGAAAGCGGACUGUCCCGACAGUGUCAGAUUGAGGAAUAAUCAGGAUUACAGUGAAUACCCUGCUGUCAAUCAUCUCACUGCCUGA